AUGUCUUCUGAUACCCAUCAGCCCACUACUACCAACACUACCAUGCUUUCAGAAACCAACACCACUAAUAGUGAUCCAUUUGCUCCAACUGUAUCCGGAGCACCUAAUCGGCAUAGACCGACUGCUGCUUCAAGAAGUACUGGAGUUUCUGAGCCUCAUUUUGGCUCAUACACUGAUUUGCUACCCAUUGCCUCUACCAUUGGCAAAUAUCGCAUUCUACAUAACCUUGGUACGGGUAGCUUUUCGUUUGUCAAGCUUGCUCUAGAUAUGACAUCUGUCCAUUCUUCACCUAUAUACCCAACAUCACAGCCGCUUGAACUUCAAACAUUAUCGUUGGAUCAUGCUAUCGAACCACAUGAAAGUUUGAAUACCGUCAAGGCAAAUGGCUCAAGCAAUAAUGCAUCACCAACUUCUCACGUAUCAAAGUCGAGCUCUGUAGCAAAUCAUACUUUGCCGACAGACACUACCAUUGCUCAUCAGCAUCAUUGUUCUGAAUACCAUAGCGGUGAGGGAGAAGCUGGCUCUUUAUCAGAAACUCGCUGUCCUGCAUCUUGUACUCCUAGGAAAGUAGCUCUUAAAUGUGUAGACAAGCAGGACCAAGUCAAGGCCACUCUUCUUAAACAAGAAGCAAAGGUGCUCUUUCAUAUACAUCGUCUUCCUAUACAUGAUACAAAUAUUCCAGAUAUAAACAUUGAAGCUACGGAGCUUGAUGAUUCAGUAGAUGCUGGCGAGACACUUUCAGCAGAAGAGCGUAAAUGGUUACAACGGGGACAGGAGUAUGUCGUGCAUUCUGGAGAGCUGCUUUCCAACGACAAAGUGUUGUGUCUUGUUUUGGAAUACUGUUCUGGCAUGGAACUGUUUGACUAUCUUAUGGAUCAUCAUUUGAUAUUGACUACUGGUGCAACAGGAAUUUCAGAAUCUCAUGCCAAGCCAAUUUUUCGAUCACUGCUGGAAGCUGUGUUUUUUUUGCACCAUCGUGGUGUUGCUCAUUGUGAUCUCAAGUUGGAGAAUAUUUUGGUUUCCGACACCGAUCCUCCAAGUAUCAAGCUAAUAGAUUUUGGACUAUCGCAGAUUUAUAAUCCUAAUGAAAAGGCUGGUUUCCCGCGCGGAUCUGAGCCAUAUGUUCCUCCUGAACUCGUGUUGAGACAGCCCAUACAUCCACUUAAAGCAGAUGUGUGGGCACUUGGUGUGAUUUUGUUUGCUAUGCUCACGUUGCGUAUGCCGUUUGAUGCAGAACAAAAAGCUGUCAAAGCUUUAGAUUUGGGAUUGUGCGAAAGUCCUGUUGGAACACCUGAAGUAUCGCAUUCUCCUGGUGGACAGACACCGUCAAGUUCUACACCGCCACUACCUAUCCCACUUUACCCAUCAGCGUCUAGAUCAUCAUCAUUGGAGGCCUCUAGCGCAUCUACGCCAACCUCAGCGUCCACUACUCCCUUGGCAUUACUGACCCCAUCUGGCGAAGAAUUUUCAUUGCGUAGUAAACCAAGUCUAUCCAACGGUAAUCCAGUUACGCGCCGCAUGUUUCACCGUAUUGCGGUAGGAGCAUACAAAUUUACAUCUGAAGAAACACUGCAUCUAUCGGCUGACGUGCAGGAUUUGGUAUCCAAGUUGCUUACUCGGGAGCCAUCGCGACGACCAGCAGUUAAGGACUUGUUGUCACAUCCAUGGUUUGCAGGCAUGUGUUUUGAAACUAACUUGUCAAGCCAGCCUAGAAAAGAAAAUUUGAAAAAUGUGACCGCUGAGCUUAGCAAUCUUGAAGAUCCUGUCAGCUUUGUUCCUACUGUUUCUCUUACUGCUCCUGAAUCUUCGUUAUAGACAACUUUUUAAUCUUGAAUGAAUUCUAUGACCCGGG